AUGUGGAAGCGUUCUGUGCUUCUCUCCUCCUUCGUGGAGCCGACCCUCCUGCAGGGCAGUCGCUGCCUCAGCUGUCAACUGCGCAACGGUGCCGCACUCCGAUCUCGACAUUCUCUUCGUCCAUAUACCACAAAGAACGGCAACGGAGAGAAGCCACCAACUUCGACCAGCGCCCCGACGACCAGAAAACUACAGUUCCAGCAAAAUGCCACUCCCCAGUCCUCGCCGCCGAACCCGAACGAUCCAAACAAUGAAGACUUCAUUCCAACCCUAGACCGGCCAAUUGGUUCGGGAAUUCCGCCACAAGAAGGCCAAAACACGGCAAUUGAUAAGCGGUCAUUGGGCCAACGACGAGAUGAUUUUGUGAAUUAUGACAAGCAUAUUGAAAGGCGGAAGGAAUUAACGAGGCAAGUCGCAAAGCCAUAUUUCCGAGAAUGGUCAAACUUGCGAUACAACCAGGGUAAGACAUUCAUGUCGAACCCACGGUUAUUCAAGCGCGACAAAGCGCUUUACUUCCCUAACCUAUCCGGAGCUACGCUGGCCUCGCCGAAAGAACCGCAAAAUACUACCUCCAUCCUCCGCGGCAAGGUGUCCGUCAUAAACCUCUUUUCUAGCGUCUGGGCAGAAAGCCAAGUUGCUACAUUUACCGGCCCAAAUAUGAACCCCGAUCUAUACGAGGCUUUCAAGAGUGGCGAGCGGCAUGUACAGAAGAUCGACAUCAACCUGGAAGAGAACAGGCUCAAGGCCUGGCUCGUCCGAAUGUUCAUGUGGCGGAUGCGAGGCAAACUUCCCGAAGAACAGCACAAGAGAUACUUUUUGGUGCGCAAGGGUCUUAAUGAUGGCCUUAAGGAGGCUAUUGGCAUGAUGAACAGCAAGGUUGGAUACGUAUAUCUCUUAGAUGAGAACUGUCGUAUCCGAUGGGCUGGCAGUGGCCCUGCCGAACCUGCUGAAUUGGAAACCCUGAACAACGGUGUCCGCAAACUGAUCCAGGAACGGAAGGUCAGUCUGGAGUCUGAACAACCGGCGCAAGAGUGGGAGAGGCAAGGAAGGGAAACGAAGAAGCCCAGAGUUGUCGAGCAUAGUCGUUAA